AUGGCAUCCUAUUUCGGUAAUGAGGAGGAGCUGGUUUGUGUGACGGGAGCAGGAGGCUUCAUUGGGUCAUGGGUGGUGAAGUUGCUCCUCCUCCGUGGCUACUCUGUGAGGGGAACGGUUAGAGAUCUUGCUGAUGGCAAGAACGCGCACUUGCUCGCGCUAGAAGGAGCGGACAACAGGCUGUCCCUGUGCCGCGCCGACGUGCUGAACUACGACAGCCUCUCUGUUGCUUUCAGUGGUUGCAACGGUGUCUUCCACGUCGCGUCUCCGGUGUCCAACGACCCCGACCUUGUGCCGGUCGCCGUGGACGGGACGAGGAACGUGAUCAGAGCGGCGGCGGACGCCGGCGUGCGACGCGUGGUGUUCACUUCCUCCUACGGCGCCGUGCACAUGGACCCCAACCGGAGCCCGGACGACGUGGUCGACGAGACGUACUGGAGCGACUAUGAAUUCUGCAAACGAACAGGGAAUAUAUAUUGUUGCGCCAAGAUGAUGGCGGAGAAGACGGCAAUGGAAGAGGCGGCCAUGAGAGGCGUGGAGCUGGCAGUGGUGGUGCCGCACGUAACGAUCGGUCCCGCCUUGCAACAGGCGCUCAACGGAAGCAACAAUGUCGUGCUAAAGUACAUCAUGGGCACCAAGGCGGCCUACCCGAACGCCGUCGCUGGCUACACCGAUGUCCGUGACGUCGCACGCGCCCACGUCCUCGUCUACGAGCGCCCCGGCGCCCACGGACAGCGCUACCUCUGCAUCGGAGAAAUGCUGCACCGUGCUCAGUUCAUUAAGAUGCUCCAGGGCCUUUUCCCUCACUACCCCGUCACUACCAAGUCCGAAGACGACGGCAAGCCCAUGGUGAAACCGUACAAGUUCUCAACCCAGAGGCUCAAAGACUUGGGCCUGGAGUACACUCCUUUGAGGGAAAGCUUGUUCGAGACGGUGAUAUCCUUGCAGCAGAAGGGCCACCUACUUUUGCUUGCUACUGGGCCAAAACGUGCACGGCUGUAA